UUAUCGAACUAUUAAUGAAUUUGUGGGAGUUUAUCUUGAAAGAAAGAACAUCUUUGUACCGGAAGUGGUGUCUGCUAGCUUGAUAGCACUUGUUGCUUGGCUGAACGGACAGCUUGUGACCGGAGUCGCUCACCAUGGCCAAAAGCCUGUCUGACCUCCGGGACUAUGACAGCAUAGAGGACGAGACUUUCGCCCCCCUGCCGCCCCCUCACUCCCCGGGCCACGGAGGACAGGAGGCCGCAGAGCCUUUCGACGAUGGAGAGGACGACGCCGACGGGUCCAAGCUGGCCGACGUCCCGGCUUCUAAGAGACGAGGAGUAAAAAGGCCGCAACCCAAGCUGGACUCUCAGAGGCUGACCUCAGAACGAGGACUUCCGGCUCUACGAACCCUGUUCGACAACGUCCGUUUCAAAGGCAAAGGCCACGAGGCCGAGGACCUGCGGCUGCUGAUGCAGAAGAUGGAGAACUGGGCUCACAGGUUGUACCCCAAACUGCAGUUUGAGGAUUUUGUGGACAAAGUGGAGAAGCUGGGCAACAAGAAGGAAGUGCAGACCUGUCUCAAGCGUAUUCGACUGGACAUGCCGCUGACCCACGAAGACUUCAUGGGGGGUGAAGCAGCAGUAGAUCCAGAGGCUCAACUUCUGGCCGAUCCGGAUCCGUUCAACAGCUCGAGCUUCACCAACCUGCCGCCUCCGGUGCACUCCACUCCGGCUCCGCCCCCCCCACAAGCUCCGCCCAGCAUGACGGAGGAGCAGCGUGAACGCAUGGAGCAGAACCGCCGGCGGGCCCUGGAGAGGAGGCUGACCCGCCAGCAGCAGCAGCCGUGCGACUCGUCGGCAGAUGAAGCCAAAUCCGUCUCAUCCGCAAGAGUCAACAGUCCUGAAGAUCGGGCUGAGGGGGUGGAGCCUGAGGGGGUGGAGUCAGCCAGCAGCACGCAGCAACAGGAAGCAGAAGAAGAAGAAGAAGAAGAGCCCAGCCAGCUUCCCCACACAGACUCUGAGCCUCCUGCCGGACCCCCCCGCAGCGAGAGAGAGCAAGAACCCGUCCUCAGCGAGGACCGUGAGGACGGAGACUAACGCUGCGGGUUUGGGAGCACAGAAAUAUUCUUCAAAAGUCCCUGUUUUAUAAUUUAUAAUUAUUUGUAGGGUCUGUACGUCACAUUUUAUUAUCGGUAAUAUGAAUGUCUUUAUGCUGAUGAUCAAUAAAAGUUCCUUUUAUUAAUAAACAAA